UCCCCUGGGGUUCCUCCAGCCGGGGCCCUACAUCUCUCUGGCCCUUGGGAUGCGAAAGGCCGUUGGCUGAGGGCGCUCUAGCCCGAGGGGGGGGGGAGUUCGCUGUUCUCUAUGGUUUCUACACAGCGCCGCUGAGCGAUGGCGUCAUAAGCGCGGGCCGCAGAGCGCCGAACCCGCAAGAGAGACGAUGUCGCCGCCGCUCUUCAGCCUUCCCGAGGCGCGGCUCCGCUUCACGAAUUCUACUCGUGAUGCUUUGACCAACAAAACUAUCAAACCAUUAUUGAAUGCAUUUAAUCAGAUUCCUGGAAGUGAAAAUGAAAAGAAAUGCACCCUGGAUCAAUCUUUCAGAGUUGUUCUAGAAGAGGAAAUUAUAAAUCAAGCUUCAUGUGAAAAUGUCUUGGCUAUUAUUUCUCUUGCUAUUAAUGCAGUUACAGAUGGUAUCUGCACAGCAUCAACCCCUUUUGUGCUUCUGGGAGAUGUUCUGGAUUGCCUACCGUUGGAUCAGUGUGACAAAAUUUUUACAUUUGUUGAAAAAAAUGUCACUACAUGGAAAUCAAAUACGUUUUAUUCGGCUGGGAAGAAUUACUUGCUGAGAAUGUGCAAUGAUCUCCUGAGAAGAUUAUCUAAAUCACAGAACACAGUCUUCUGUGGAAGAAUUCAGCUAUUCCUGGCUAGAUUAUUUCCUCUUUCAGAGAAGUCAGGACUUAAUUUGCAAAGUCAGUUUAAUCUGGAAAAUGUCACAGUUUUCAAUACUAAUGAACAAGAGAGCACUCUGGGACAGAAGCACAUAGAGGAGAAAGAUGAAGGAAUGGAAGUAGAAGAAGGUGAAAUGGGAGAUGAUGAAGCUCCUACAAGUUGUGGCUUCACAUGUCCCAGAGGGAGAGCUGGAGACACUGAGGUGAAAGGCAUAAUUGACAAGGAUUACUUUAGGAAUCCUGUGCAGUGCUAUGAGAAGAUCUCGUGGAAGACAUUUCUUAAGUACUCGGAAGAAGUUUUGGCUGUUUUUAAAAGCUACAAAUUGGAUGACACGCAGGCCUCCAGAAAAAAGUUGGAAGAGCUAAAAACAGGGGGAGAACAUGUCUACUUUGCAAAGUUCUUAACUAGUGAAAAGCUAAUGGAUUUACAGCUGAGUGACAGUAACUUCCGCCGUCACAUCUUGCUGCAGUAUCUAAUACUAUUUCAGUAUCUAAAGGGACAGGUCAAAUUUAAAAGUUCAAACUACGUUCUAACUGAUGAACAGUCCCUCUGGAUUGAAGAUACUACAAAAUUGGUUUACCAGCUUCUUUCAGAAAACCCGCCAGAUGGGGAAAGAUUCUCAAAAAUGGUAGAGCAUAUAUUAAACACUGAAGAAAACUGGAACACCUGGAAAAAUGAAGGUUGUCCAAGUUUUGUGAAAGAAAGACCAUCAGAUUCCAAGCCAACAAGACUUGUGAGAAAGAGGCCAGCUCCAGAGGAUUUCCUGGGGAAAGGACCAAACAAAAAAAUUCUCAUGGGGAAUGAGGAGCUAACUCGGCUUUGGAAUUUAUGUCCGGACAACAUGGAAGCUUGUAAAUCUGAGACUAGGGAAUAUAUGCCGACACUGGAGGAGUUCUUUGAAGAGGCUAUUGAGCAGGCAGAUCCUGAAAACAUGGUUGAAAAUGAAUAUAAGGCUGUGAACAAUUCUAAUUAUGGCUGGAGAGCAUUAAGAUUACUAGCACGCAGAAGUCCCCACUUCUUCCAGCCAACCAAUCAACAAUUUAAGAGUUUACCAGAAUACUUAGAAAACAUGGUAAUCAAAUUAGCCAAGGAGUUGCCUAAAUAUCAGGAUUGUGGUGUUUGUCAUCAGUCUUGGAGGAUCCAUACUUGUGUUUGGGAGCUUUCUUAUUCCUAACCUGAAGACAAAGAGAGGAAACUCAAUUCUUAAUAAAAAGCUUUUUUUUUUCAGCAUGUUCUGUCAUUUGAAUUAACCAGUUGUUUAAAAAAUUGUUUUUAACACUCAGUAAACAUCGCAUUUUUUUCAAUCAUGUUUCACUUGGCAUAGUUACUCUGUCAUCCUACUAGUUGUAUAGUCAUCUAUCCGGUCCUACAGCAAAAAAUUUCAAAUGUUGAACAAGCAGGAACCAUUUUUUAAUCCUCUCAGGCUUUUUAUCCAUCAAAAAAGGCCAUAAGCUCAAUAUUUUUUCCAUUGGAUGCCACCGUUGGCUAAUGAACAGGAAAAUGGGCAGGGGAGUGGGGAACAGGGUUUGGAAAAAACAAGCAGCACUGAAUAUCCCAUAGUAUCAUAGAUCAUAGUGGAAUGAUUAGUUUCUCCUACAGUGAGCAAGUUCCAGGCAAGCUUUUGUUUUCUUGAAAAGAGCAGGAGAUUCUCCUGUGACCAGGCCAGUAGUAUUUUGUUGCUGCUGCUGCUGCUGUUAGGGUUUUCGGCUACAGAAGUAUAAUGUGUGGGUUAUUUGUACACAAAUGUCUUGUCAAAUUGUCUAUUCUAGCAGGCAUGUCAGGGACCAUCACGCAGCUAUAACAUUUCUUUUUAAACACAAAAGCCAUCAAGUGAUAUUUAAUUCUCUCAUUAAAGCCUCCUUCUGAAGAAAUAAAAACAGGAGAGGAUGAAGAUGAGGAAGAUAAUGAUGCUUUAUUAAAGGAAAACAAUGAAA